AUGGCUCUUCCUCGCAUCACUAUCCUGGGCUCCCUCAACAUUGACCUUGUCUCCUACGCCCCCCACCACCCCGUUCCCGGCGAAACCCUCACAUCCUCCGCCUAUGCCGUCUCCUGUGGCGGUAAGGGCGCCAACCAAGCCGUCGCCUGCGCCAAGCUCUCCCGCAAGCCCGACCUCUCCAGCCCCUCUGCCCACGUCGCCAUGCUCGGCGCCCUGGGCUCCGACUCGUACGGCAGUCAGCUGCGCGACUCGCUCGCCUCCUACGGGGUCGACACAGACGGCGUGCUCACUCGCGAGGGAAAGAACACCGGCGUCGCAAUCAUCAUCGUCGACGAGCCCUCUGGUCAGAACCGCAUCGUUUUCUCCCCGGAGUCGAACCACUCCCUCCUUCCCGCGCAUUUCGCCACCCUCCCUGACCCGAAGCCAGACCUGCUUAUCAUGCAGCUCGAGAUUCCCUUCGAUACCGUCAUGCAGGCCCUCGCCGCCGCUAAGACAGCUAACGUCCCUGUUUUACUCAACCCUGCCCCAACGCAGGAGCUGCCCCUCGCCGCGUACGACGGCCUCGCGCACCUCAUCGUUAAUGAAACCGAGGCUGCGCUGCUAUCAGGUGCCAAGGAAGAGGAGCUGGAGGAUCCGCAGGGAUUGAAGCGCAUCGGUGCGUUGUUCAUUGAGAGGGGCGUGCUGAACGUGAUCAUCACCCUCGGUGGACGGGGCGUUUACUACGUGAACAAGGCGGGUCAGAGCGCGCUCGUCCCGGCUCUCAAGGCAGGGGUUGUGGACACCACAGCGGCUGGUGACACCUUCGUCGGAUCAUACGCCCUGGCUGCGGUAGACAGUGCGUUUGAUAUCGAGGAGGCGGUUCAGGAGGCCAACCGCGCUGCCGCAAAGACGGUCGCGAAAAGGGGUGCGCAAGUAUCGAUUCCUUGGAAGGAUGAGCUGUAA